AUGGUAACUGACCUCGCUUCAAGGUUGGGUCUCGAUAACGACGAAAAGAAGUUAGGUCUCAAAACAUACAGGAUGGAGAUCUAUCGCAAACACCAACGACAAUCAGUGUUGGGUAAGGAUGUGGUCGAUGCUCAAGGCAAGGAUGAUUCUUUCCUCAAUACGCCACCAAACGUCUCAAAGGUGCUCACCAAGUUCAUAUUGAGUAGUGCAAGCAAUGAUCCCCAGGGUGAGCAACAGUUGGUUCUAUCAGAUGCCGAUCACAGGGUGGAGUGGUUGAACAGGACAACACGAGAAUACAAGGARCGCGAUACAAUGGCCUUAGGUAUGACUGUGACAGACGAUGAUAUUAAACAGAUGCAUGCAACGAGGUCGGCGACAAUACUCAACACACUGCAGCGAUGGGGAAGAGACCUGUUGGAUACAAACAAACGCAAUGCCAUACCAGUUGAAGACCGACGUCAGUUGGAACUCUACUUCACACAACUCAACAUGCAACCAGACAGUGCACGUGGGGAUACUGAACCAGACGAACGCACCAAGUCAACACUGGCAAGAGUUGUCGAGAAACAUGCGAAUGAGCAACGAGUCGAACAACUGAACCAUCGACUUGUCCAUGAUAUUGACGACGAUGAUCAUCUUAACCGUGCAGUGGUUGUCAACUCUAUCGCCAAGCUUGACAAAGACGUUGGUCGAGUCGACAAGCAAUUGGAGCAUAUCCUGUCUGGUGGAGAUCUUGGUAAACUCCCCAUCAUCGGUGGUGGUGAUGGUGUUGUUGCAGAAGAUGAUGAUCCAACCAAGCUCAGAGUUCAUGACAAGGAGUUCAACAGGAUAACAUCUAAAGCAAAUCUCAAGAGUAUUGAUAUCAACAAUGUUGUGAUCAAGUUUGAUAAGAUGCAACAGGAGAAACAGACACUUGUCGAUGCUGUCUCUCAGUUUGAUCAAUCAUUCCAACCCGACCAAGUAAUCAAUCAACUCAAGGAACUGUUCAGUCCAUACUCUGAUGCAUUGGCAACUAUUAAACGUAAUGGAACAGACGAGUUC